AUGUCGGAAAGCAUGUCAUACAAGGACAUGAAAUCCUCUUUCAACGAAGGGCGAUUUCCUCAGGCCGAUGCGCCUGUUGAUCCGAUGAAGACGAAGUCACGACGGCCAGAGCUGCAGCGGUUCAUGGUCUGGCUUUUGCCGCCCUGGAACAAAAGGCUCCGCGAACAGUGGCACGUCGCUGAGCAGAAAGCAUGUGCGGAUUUGGCAUCCGCAGGAUGCAAAUCUAUCAGUGAGCCUUGGUUCGAGUUUGAGGUUGACAGGAUUGUGUACUUGCACUUCUUCAAGCUAUUCAAGGAAUGCUUCAAACGCGAAGUUCCAGGUUGGCCUUGGGAGGGGAUUUCUCACAAGGACCUGACAUCGCCACAGGACAGAAACUCGGCGCUGUACGACAAGUACCUCAAGAAUAAAGAAGUCGCCGCCAUGCCUGCUGAGAAGAACGGCUCUGCCAAGGAGACGACCGAGAUGGAGGGCGUAGAGGGACCCGCGACCGAGAAGCCACCUGCAGCCAGCGGGAAGCUACACGCUGGGGGUCUAUCAUUCGAACAUCCCACCAACCAAGGUCCAGAGAGUCGACAAACAAAGGAUCUUUCACGCACCGGGUAUGCCGGUGGUUUCAGAGAGAGAGGUUCUGCUCGUGGUCGAGAUCAUAGUCGAAGUCGUGGACGUCGUCCAGGUAGGGGCUCUCACCGGGAUGAGGCUCGCACUCGUGCUCAAGGCCGCAACCUCACGUUCAAUGGAGAUGAGUUCGAGCGGAAGCAUGGCGAUCCAAUUCUCACUGGUCGAAACAGCAAAGCCUCGACAACUCGGAAUCCGCGGUCGACUACAAUGAGCCAGGAAGAGGCUAACAACGCUGCAUCCUCACUUGGACCUUACUUUCCGGGUACUGUAUACGAAGUCACGAAGGAGACCUUGAUGGAGGACAUGGACGGCACUGGCACAGAUCUGCAGAAGCGCACACGGGUCUGGAACCGUUACAUAGGACCGAGGGCUAUCGAAGACCCAAUCGUCGGGCCUUUCGAGAUGAAGAUCUGGGAUUUUAUCCCUACCGAUAUAUACAUCUCUGAAGAUAGAUUAGCCAGAGCCAAUCUGUUCUACAGCGAUGUACGAAUCACUUUCAACCGGCGAACCAGAAUGUUGAUUGUUGGGUUUGCUGCGCAGAAGGGCCCUGGCACGGUACCGGCUCGUAUGGAAAUUAUCAAUGCUUGGUCAGAUAUUCAAGCGUGGAUGACUGAGGUCUGCUCGCUGUUCCCACCAUGCCUCGAUGAUGUAGUCUACCGGCAGCGGAUUCUCCCCUGCACCAUCCCCGACGACGGUUACCUGCAGGCCAUGGCCAAAGCCAAACGCGACCCCAGAAACAUCGAGUAG